GGCACCGGCACCGGCACCGGCACCGGCACCGGCACCGGCACCUCCCCGCGGCUGCACUAUGACUCUGGAGGAGCUGCCUGGGGACCACCGCACCGCCGGGAGGAUGGAGCAGGCGGGGGACGCGCUGGAGGAGGUGCUGAGCAAGGCGCUGAGCCAGCGGAGCCUCACCCUCGGUGUCUACGAGGCCGCCAAGCUGCUCAAUGUAGACCCGGACAACGUGGUGCUGUGCUUGCUGGCGGCGGACGAGGAGGAGGCGGGGGACGCGGCGCUGCAGAUCCACUUCACGUUGAUCCAGGCCUUCUGCUGCGAGAACGACAUCAACAUCCUACGCGUCAGCAACCCGGCACGGCUGGCCCAGCUCCUGCUGCCCGCCACCGGCCCCGAGCCGCCCGCCGACCUCCACUGCGUCCUCGUCACGAACCCCCAUGCCUCGCAGUGGAAGGAUCCAGCGCUGAGUCAGCUGAUGUGCUUCUGCCGGGAGAGUCGCUACAUGGAUCAGUGGGUGCCAGUGAUUAACCUCCCCGAGCGGUGACCGCGCCGGGCUGAAAACGAACUGAACCGAAUUGCACUGAAGUUUUGCAAUACUUUCGCAGUUGCUCAGGAAGUUCCUCCCUGCCCUGGCACGAGGAUUACCGG